AAGGCGGUAUUUCCCCCCCCCCCCCCAUCCCCUCCUCUCCAGUCCACCUCCGGGGGGGCGGCCAGCGGCCCCCGGCAGCGUGCUACCCGCAUGCACGUCGGGGCCGCCCCCGAGCAGCUCCUUCCCCCUCGGGAGCCGCCAGCCCGGCGGGGGCUGCAGCAGAGACCUCACAAAGUUGACGCGUUUUUCCAGCUGGCUGCUUUGCCCGGAGAGAAAGAGGGAGAUCUCUUUGGAAACAUGGAGCUGCUGUGCUGCGAGGUGGAUCCCAUGAGGAGAGCUCUGCCUGACCCAAACUUGCUCUACGAUGACCGCGUUUUGCACAACUUACUAACCAUCGAGGAGAGGUAUCUGCCCCAGUGCUCCUACUUCAAGUGCGUCCAGAAGGACAUCCAGCCCUUCAUGAGGAGGAUGGUGGCCACUUGGAUGCUGGAGGUCUGUGAAGAGCAGAAGUGUGAAGAAGAAGUUUUCCCUCUGGCAAUGAAUUACUUGGACAGAUUCUUAGCUGUGGUGCCCACUCGAAAGUGCCAUCUGCAACUGCUGGGGGCAGUGUGCAUGUUCCUGGCCUCCAAGCUGAAAGAGACAAUCCCCCUCACAGCAGAGAAGCUGUGCAUAUAUACGGACAAUUCCAUCAAACCUCAAGAGCUGCUGGAAUGGGAGCUCGUGGUGCUGGGGAAGUUGAAGUGGAACCUCGCAGCAGUCACCCCUCAUGACUUCAUUGAACACAUUCUACGGAAGCUGCCUCUACCUAAAGACAAGUUGCUUUUGAUCCGGAAGCAUGCACAAACGUUCAUUGCCCUUUGUGCCACAGAUUUUAACUUUGCCAUGUACCCACCGUCAAUGAUAGCAACUGGAAGUGUGGGAGCAGCCAUCUGUGGCCUUCAGCUUGAUGAUGGGGACAGUUCACUCUCCGGUGACAGCCUAACAGACUUCCUGGCCAAGAUCACAAGCACAGAUGUGGACUGCCUUAAAGCUUGUCAAGAACAGAUUGAGUCGGUGCUAGUAAGCAACCUUAGGCAAGUCCGGCAGCAGCAACAGCAAAGCAAUCCUUCUAAGACGGUGGAUGAACUGGACCAGGCCAGCACUCCCACAGAUGUGAGAGAUAUCAACCUGUGAGGACAUCAGCACAGAAAGUCAUGCUUGCUCCCCCAGCCCUUUUAUUUUUGUUAUUAUUUUUAGAGUGAAAUCUUUUUUUUUUUUUUUAAUCUGCUCCCAUAUAGAACAUAUUUAAAGUUCUUUUAGGUUAAAAAAAAUACAAAAACUGAAUAAUGAAAAAAAAAACAACAACAAAACAUUUGGCGCCCAUGACGUUCUACAGAAGGGAAUCCCACAAUAUAUUUGGUAAUUGCUAUUUGAUUAUGUAUCAGUAAUAUUAAAUGCUUAUAAAAGCAUACAAGUAGCUAGAUAAAUGUAAGCCUGCAUUUGUGGGAAGAAAGUAGAGUAUAUUUGUCUGUGUCUUAUGACCUAGUGCAUACACCCCUUUUUUAGAUUUAAGAAAGGAAUUGUGUGUGCGAUUUUAUGGCUUGACUAGAUUGCAAAGCAAUAGAAGAAGGGGCUAGGGCAAAGUGUGAAAAGGUCCCUGAAGCAAUUGAACCAUUUUGAAUGCAGAAGAGAUUUGCUGAUCUGUCACCUCUGUUAUUAGUCAGAAGUGUUUGUUGGAUCUCUGUAUGUUAGUUUUGUUUACUCUUGCUGUCUGUGGUAGCUGCUACCUAAGAAAGAAGAUGCUUUAUUUUGCCAGCCAGAAGAGCAGGUGUUUUUUUGUUUUGUUUUGUUUUAAAUUCCCCUCUCCCGUCUGACUUUUUCUACUUUUCCUUCAGAAAUGGUUCAUUCUAAACACAGCAGCAUCUUUGGCAUAAGGGCAAUCCUCUUUACCCAAUUGUGGGCCAAGCCAAAGUUAUCGAGUGCUCACAUUAGAUGGGGGAAAUGAACCGAUAAAUUUCGACCAGUCGGCUAUCAGACCGCCUCCGACCUUUGGAUUGCAAGAUGCAGUGGAUCAUCUGUCAAAAGCAUUAUAUUCCUUUACAGUGCUAAUGCUUCACAUCAAUGUUAACUUUUGGCAGCUCCUUAGCUUGGUGUAAAGACAAUUAAAUGAUGCUCUGUCCAUCUUCCUUUUUAAUAUAUCCUCAUUGUGUUAAAGAAGAUGAGGUUUGGUAUGAUCCCUCUUCUGUCUACACAGCUUCCCCCACCACCCCAUCACACCUUUUCAGCAUUUCAAUAACUUUAUUGAUCCACAGUGAGCGUUAUUAUAAACCAUUUCAUUCGAAAAGCACUUUGAAAAUUGUUCCUAAGGGAUUAAAUGAAAUGGUUUAUGACGAGUUUGCCAAGGAAAAAAAAAGGAAGAAAAAAAAAAGAAAAAAAAGAAAAAGUCACAAAAGCAAAGCAUUAUAGCUUUUUAUAGUCAAUAUUUUCCAGUAUCUGGUGUACUUUGUUAGUUGUGGUGUUGCUGGAAAUGCCAACACCUGCUUCAGAUGACAUUCCUGUCAUGACAUUCCGGAUAAAAGCCUGACGAUUUGUAUUGUUCAGUGUCACAGAAGGAUCUUAAUACCACCUGCAUGCUUAUCCAUGGACAAUGAAAGAAAAUUGCUGGUGCACAAGACACAAGUGGUAAACAUCAAGGUGUGUGACUUGGAGUUUUAUUACAAAGGUGUAUUCAGUGUACUUGAAUUUAUUUUUCUGCUCCAUCUAUAAAGAAGAGGCAUUUAGAUGGCAAAGGAGUUGGAGCGAUUUUUUUUUUUUUGCACAAUUGUAUUAACAGUUUGCAAAUAUACAGAAUGAAGCUGUUGGUUGUAAUGUUAAAUGUUUGCAUUUUUCAGACAAAAAUCCAGAACGAACAUGCUACU